UUAAUCCUCAUUGCGCCGAAUGACGCAUACCCAUAUCAGUAUCCUUUGUGGGGAAGGAUCAUUGCCUGGAUUCUCUCGGCUUCAUGCUCUGUAAGCAUAAUUCUGGUCGCUUACAUCCAAGUGGCCCGUGCAAGCGGCACUUUCAAGGAG